GAGGUUGCUCGCACGGGGCCUGGCGGCAUCCUCUCUCUCUUCCUCUCUGUCUCUAUCUCGUUUCGUCCGCUCGUACUCCUGUUCUAUCAUAUUCUCUAUCUCGCUCUUCCCCCCCUCUCUCGCUCUCUCAUUUACCGUCUGUUUGUCUAUCUCUCUCGCUCUUUCAUUCACCUGACUCUUAACGCGAGCAGUGUGUUACACAGCACGGGGGUGAUACCGGUCGCCAGUCGAGGUACUGGUCGCGGACACUGCAGCCGUGGUUGAGGUUAGGUCGACGUCGACCAGUCGGCCGUAGUGGCGGGACGCGGCGCGGCGGAUUUGAAUUUUCGAACCCACCGGUUACCCGCGCCGUGUUUACGCGGCUCCACCGGGUGCCGCAGAUCGAUUCGCGCGCGCGUUGCGAUCGGAGGGAUCGUCAUUGUUUGCUGUCGUUUUCCUGCCGGACGGUUGCAGACCGGGUUUGUGAUUAUCGUCAUCCACGAUAACCGGGCAAACCGUUACGGCGCGAUUGCAGAUUAGACCGACGACAGCGUUUUGUUGAAACGAACGGAAACGCUCUGUGAGGACGAUGCGCCGCGAGUUUUUAACGUCAUCACCAUCGCCGCCACCGCCGUCGUCGUCGUUGACAUUGUUAUUGUCGCUGAGAUCGUCGCAUUCGCGUCUGGUGGAAACGCGCAGCGACGGAGACAAGCAGCGAGUCCUGUGAGGUUUCUGUGAAUGUUCUCGGACAGCCGCGUGCCGCGGCUAGCCGCGCAUCAGUUUCUCAGUGCACACGAGGAAAACAUGGAUAAUUCUACGUACGUACCGAAUCACCUACCGCCGCCGUCUUUGGUCGUGUUCUCGCAGGCCGGAGGGCUGCCUGAGGCCUUGAGAAUGCAAAGACCAUUCAAUCCACAAGUGACCGAUUCGAAAGAUCUGCAGGUGCCCUUCAGCACGGCGGCAUCGCUGGGCUACGGGCUGCAUCACAUGCUGCAUUUGCCGCCGCAAUUCCUGCAUCCGCUCGAUCAUAGACUGCCCUUCGGCGGCUUUCGGCCCUUGGUGCCGUCCGCGUUCGCGCCCCCCAGCAAGUGCCUCAAGGUCGAGACCGGGAACGGCGCGGUGCCGGGGAACGGCGGCCUACCCAGCAUCGGCUCGCUCUCGAGCAUGUCGAAUAUGUUCUCGCCCACGUCCCUACCGGGUGCCGGCGGGGGUGCGGUGGUUUACACGACUGAUGAUUCCAAACAAAGUUCCCGCAAGGACUUGUCGGUUAAACGCGAGGGUGACUCCAGUGAAGAAGAGCGAACAAAACCUGAGUGGAGUCAGGGCAAAGAGAAAGAGAGGAGAAUUGAGAAGAAGCGUGUUUGGUUACAAGCAGCGAGACAUUUAUCCUCGCCCUUUUAG